UUGGCUGUGGCUGCUUGUUAUUGCUGCAAGAUAACUUCAAUUUAGGAAAAAUGGCGGUCCAAGCGGCUGCUGCUUUAUUAGAUGAAUUGAUGGGCAGAUAUCGAAAUCUGGCUCCUACUGAGAAAACCAAAGAAUUAAACUGGGAAGACCCCGAGUUCUGCAAAUAUUAUAUGGUUAAGUUUUGUCCACAUGAUUUGUUUGUAAACACCCGAGCCGACCUAGGAACUUGCCCCAAGGUUCAUGAUGAUGAAGUUAAGGCACUCUUUGAGAAAUCUACAAGCUAUAAGAAACAGGCCUAUGAAGAUGAAUUUAUCAGGUUUGCUCAGAGUAUGCUCAAUGAAGUGGAAAAGAAAAUAAUGAAAGGAAAGCAACGCCUUGCUCUAAUGAAUAAAAGUGAACCACCUUCAACUAUUUCUGCUGCUCAGACACAGAGAAAUGAUGAACAAAUAAAACUUUUAACAGAAAAAAUUAAUUCUCUUGUGAAUGAAGCAGAAGCUGCUGGAAUAGAAGGAAAUGUAGAACAAGCUCAAGGUUUAAUGAAAUUAUGUGAUCAACUUAAAGAAGAACGGGAAACUCUUCAAAAACAAAACGAAAACAGUGCUUGGUCUCAGACUGCGGAAUUAGCUGCUGCUCAAGAGAAGCAGAUGGAAGUUUGUGAAGUGUGUGGUGCGUUUCUUAUAGUUGGUGAUGCCCAGUCCAGGAUAGAUGAUCAUCUAAUGGGCAAACAGCAUGUUGGGUAUGCCAGGCUUAGGUCAUCUUUAGAAGAAAUAAUGGCGCAUAGAGCUAAAGAUAGGGAAGAAAAAGAAAGGAGGAGAGAAGAAGAAAGAAAGGAAAGGCGUAGAGAUGAAGACAGAGAUAGUCGUAGAAGAGAAAAGAGAAGGGAUGAUGAUAGGAAGGAGAGGGAUAACGUUAGUGGAAGAGACAGAGAAAGGGAGAGAGAAAGGGAUAGAGAUAACAACAGGGAUAGGGAUAGGAAGAAGGAUGAUAGAAGGCGAUCCCAUGAAGAACGAGAGAGAGAACAUAGUCGGGAGAGAGAUAGGAAGAAGUCAAGACACGAAGACCGCCAUAACAGGAGAGCUGAGAAGACGAACGAUUCUCACCGACGGCGUCGAGACUAGAGUGGUCAGUGUUGAAUAAUUACAGGUAAGUGGUAAAGUAAUCACAGUGGUCUCCUCUUAUUCAAACGGUACAGCACUUUCUCUGUUAUAAUUUUUUGAAGAUUUAGUAUUUCAAAAUAAUACUUUGAUGUUUAAACUUUAUUUGAGAUAACAUAAACUAUAGAAAAAGGUGCUUAAACCAGUGACUAGGGGAGACCCAUUCCAAUGACGUUGGCGUAAAAUUAUAUUUUUCAGGUGGAACUGUUCCAGGUAAGUGGUGUAUUAACCCCAAUAACUGUCGACAAUUUAGGGUCCUAUCUUCGCCCCAUCUUGCAUGCUAUUUCUUUUUACAAUUUUGGUUAAGUGAAUUAUAAAUGUAUUCCAUCUAAGAGCAGUUAAUUAAACGAAUCAUUAACAGCUUGGCUACUAAUGCGAAUUUUAUCUUAUUUAUUUCUGUUGUUAAUUGCUU